AUGGUUUUCGCUUCUGCCACGACCGGUUUCAAGCAGGAUGUUCCUGAGAUCCAAAAUGCCUUCCUCGAAGACCCUGUCAUGGCCUCAAUCUUGGAGCGCCUCUUGCCCAGCGAUGUUCUCAAGGAAAUCACUCCUGACCUUGUCCAGAUUAGCGGAUGGUCCAUGACUGAGGGAGCUGCAUUGCUGGAUCGUAUGGAGGAGGACCAGCCCAGACUUCGCCAGUACGACUCCUGGUGCAGACGGGUGGAUGAGCUGCUGGUCACUGAAUCGUGGAACAAGCAAAAAACUGUGGCUGCUCGCGAGGGUAUUGUGGCCAUCGGUUACGAGCGCAAGUACGGACAGUACUCUCGUAUCUACCAGAUGGCCAAGUUAAUCCUCUGGUCAACUGGUUCGGGACUCUACAGCUGUCCUAUUGCUAUGACCGAUGGAUGCGCGCGUGUGAUUGAGCUCAUCGGCACCCAGGAGAUGAAAGAUGAGGUUUAUUCUCGCUUGACCAGCCGUGAUCCCAGCAAGUUCUUCACCAGUGGUCAGUGGAUGACCGAGCGCCCUGGUGGAAGCGAUGUUGGUCGUACCGAGACCCAGGCUGUUUGGGAUGAAGAGAAAAAUGCCUGGUCGAUCUCCGGCUUCAAGUGGUUCUCGAGUGCCACUGAUGCCGAUGUCACCAUGCUCUUGGCCAGAACUCACGAGCCCGAUCCUUCAGUUGCCCCUGGAACCAUGAAGGACGGAAGUCGUGGUUUGUCGCUGUAUCUUGCUCGUGUUCGUGAUGAUCAAGGAAAACUGAAUGGUGUUCGCAUUCACCGUUUGAAGGACAAGGUUGGAACCAAGGCUCUCCCCACUGCUGAGCUUGAGUUGGACGGCAUGGUCGGCCAAUUGGUUGGUCAAAAGUACCGCGGCGUCAAGAACAUCUCUGCUAUUUUGAACAUUACCCGUAUCCACUGCGGUUUGAACUGCACUUCGACCAUGCAGACCCUCUUGUUGCGCUCCAAGGAGUACGCUCGUCGCCGCGAGGUGUUUGGCGCGUUGUUGAAGGAGCAGCCCUUGCAUCUUGCAACCCUUGCCAACAUGGAGCUUCAGUACAGAGCCACUUGUCAAUUCACGUUCUACUGUGUUGGCUUGCUGGGUCGCACUGAGACCAUUGACAACAACCUACCCGAGAUCAAGGAUCGCGAUUUCCCCUUGCUUCGUCUCUUGACUCCCAUCUUGAAGCUCUGGAGCGCCAAGAAUGCGUUUUAUUUGUCUCAAGAGGCUAUGGAGUGCUUUGGUGGCCAGGGCUACAUGGAGGAGACUGGCAUCGGUCGCGCUAUGCGUGAUGUCCUUGUCAACACCAUCUGGGAGGGAACUACUAAUGUGCUCUCGCUCGACCUCUUGCGUGUCAUGGCCGAGACUCGUGGUGCUGCCCUUGAGAUUUACUCCGACACCAUUCGCGAGAUCAUGGCGCCUUUGAAGGGUCAGUCAGAAUGGGUCAAGUCUGCCAAGAGCCUCGAAGAGUGCUUGGUCCUGAUUGCUAUCCGCUUCACUGCCUAUUCAACCUCUGAGGGCCGCAAGACCCUUGAAGCCUCUGCUCGUGGACUUUCUUUGGCCAUGGCCGACGUGAUUGCAGGAGCUCUUCUCUGCCAGCAUGCAGCCUGGUCUCAGGCCAAGGCCAAGGCCAACUCUUCCAACGCUGUGGCCGAAGCAGAGGCCAAGGUCGACCAGAUCUCUGCCCGAAGAUGGUGCGAGGAUCUGUACCGCCGUGUCGAUCAUCAGAUCCAGAACUUGGGACGUGAGGAGCGUUAUGAGGAGGACAAGUUGAUGUUGUUCAAGUUGGCUGAGACUCGUGGAAACGCUGCUUCAAAGGCCACUUUUGAGAGUUUUGGAGAGGCCAAGCUCUAG